GCUGAGAAGCUUGCGUUGUUGACUCAUUUGGUCUAUAUAUAUCAGCCUGCAGGGUAAACGGCUGAAAUCGGAUCAAAGACAAUUGGGUAAGUUAACCAAUUUUGACCCGUUCUUUAUUAAGUUUAGAAGGCAAACCACAUCUUUCCAUCUCUCCUGCUUCAUCAGGUUUAAUCUCCCAAGUUCGAAGAAAGGAAAAUACAAGGCAGCAUGCGGAGUGAGGCACCGAACUGGGCAGAUCAAUGGGGUGCUGGAGGCGUUGGUGCGUUGGUGGAAGAUGACAAUACUACGAACCAGAAAGAUGGUGGCAGAAACAAGAAAGGCGGAAAGAAAGAUUGGUUUGGUAAAGCCAAAGAAGUUGCAUUGAAGGAAGCCAGCGAAUCCAUGAUCAAGAUGGCGAAAGAAAAGGUGAUCAAAUUUUUCAGCAAAAUAUUCAAGAAGAAAAAGAGCCCUUCUGAAUAAGUACUCUUAUGAAUAUUGCGGAAACAAGAUUUAGUUUUCUUGUUCAACUUCAAUCCAAUAAUUUUAACAGUGCAUCAAAAGACCUUGUUAUUCAUACAGUUCCACUAACCCGGUCAAUGACCGGCCUUCAUGUUUUGUUUAUUGAACUAAAGUUAUUUCAUUAAA